AGAACAAAGAGAUGGAGAAGACAAAACAACAACUAGAGGACAAGAACAAAGAGAUGGAGAAGACAAAGAAACAACUAGAAGAGAAGAAUAAACUCCUCCAGGAGAGAGAGACAGAUCUAGAUAACAUGACUAAACGAGAUAAGGAGAGAGAGGGACUACUGGAGAACAUGACCAGUAAGGUGGAGACCAGUAAAAGACAACUGGAGUCACUGGAAAAGGAACUGCAGGACAGGAACAGUCAACUACAGGACCUGAGAACCCAACUACAAGAACAAAGCAGGGAGCUGGAGGAGAGAGACAGACAGCUGGAGGAGAGAGACAGAGAGCUGGAGGAGAGAGAAAGAGAACAUGAGGAGAGCCUCCCCAAUCCAGAUCCUCCUCACAGGAGAAGAGACAGUAUGGAUGGGGUUCAUCCAAAUAAUCCAGAUCCUCCUCACAGGAGAAGAAGAAGUAAGGAUGACCCUCCAUUCAUGGGAGGAGAGAGUCCUGGUCCAGCGCCCCCAGUGUCUCCUGCUGUGUCUGAGCUGAGGCUGGUGCUGCUGGGGGGGAGCACUGCUGGGAAGUGGGCAGCAGGAAACACCAUCCUGGGCUCAGAGGAGUUUGGGAGGCAGGCCAGCACACACACAUCCACACACACAUCCACAGAGACCCAGCACAGUGAGAGCAGACAGGGGGAGGUGGCUGGGAGACGGGUGACCGUGGUGGAAACUCCUGACUGGUUCUGCAGUGGACUCUCUGAGAAGGACCUAAGACAGGAUGUGGGGCUUUGUGUCAGUCUUUCUGCCCCAGGACCUCACGCCUUCCUCUUGGUGAUUCCAGUGGAGCCGUCUGAAGGAGAGGAGAUGAGGAUGCUGGAGAAAAUGGAGGACAUGUUUGGGGAGGGCUGUUGGGGACACACACUGAUCCUCUUCACCCAUGCUGAGGGGCUGAGAGAGAGGAGUGUGGAGGAGUUGCUCCAGACAGGGAGCCAGGAGCUCCAGCAGCUGGUAGAGAAAUGUGGGAACAGGUGUCACCUUCUCAAUGUUAAGGACAGGCCUGACGACACUAAGAUCACACAGCUGCUAGAGAAGAUAGAAGAGAUGGUGUCAGGAAACAGAGAGAGAUUCUACAGCAGUGAGACCUACCAGGAGGCAGAGAAACAGCUCAGAGUGAUAGAGAGAAGAAUACAGAAAGAACGAGAGGUGGAGGAGAGGAAACUGAGGGAGGAGAGAGAGAGAAGAGAGGAACUUGCUAAAAAUGUUCAGGAGUCUCUGAAGAUGAUGGAGGGAGAGAUUCAACAGCAUGAAGGAGAAAUUAGAAUAUUGAAUGAAAGAACAACAGAGCUGGAGAGAAAUAUGAAAGAAGAGAGGGAUGAGGAGAAGAAGAGGGAGAUGGAGAGAGAGUUAAAGAGAGAGAUUACACAGAGAGAGGAGAUGGAAAGAACCCGAUCAUCUUCGUUGUUGACGCCAUCGCUGGUCUAUGUGGGCCACCUGCACAUGGCGGAGAAUUACAAGGAGCGCGAUGAGGCAGCCGAGUUCCUGAGCUGCCCGCUGGAGGCGCCCGACCAGGGAAGCGUCCGCACCACCAAGGAGACGCAUAGGCACACUGUAACGGUGCGGCUGCCCGUUACCGCUAACAUUGUACUUGAACAGGACAAAUGGACGGAGGGCACACCGGAGGAGGUGGCAGAGGAGGAGAAGAUCAAAUAUGAGACCCACACACCAGACAAGGAGGUGGUAGUUCCUCCUGCUAAGAAAGAGGAAGAGAAGUUGUCUCCACAGGAGGAGGUAAUGGGAAAGGAGGUGGGAUCGCCAGGGAAGGUAGGAAAGGAGGUGGGAUCUCCAGGGAAGUUAGGAAAGGAGGUGAAGCCUUUAGUGGAGCUGACAAAGCAGGUGAAACCCCUGGAACUUAGUAAAGAUGCAGAAGACCCAGGAGAAGAGGUAGUGUGUGGAGAGGUGAAGUCUCCAAAGGAGGCGAUGGAGGAGGUGAGGGAGGUGACAGCUGUACAGGAGGUGCAUGAGGAGCUGGGAGGUGUGCAGGAGGUGCAGGAGGAGGUGAGGAAAGCCUCUGGGGCUCAGGAGGAGCUGGAGAACUCUGAGCGAGCGGAGGAGACCAGGAGCCUGAGCCGCCUUAGCAGGGGCAGCUGCAGAGCACGAUCAGACGACCUGACCAUAUGA